AUGCCCAGUCUCCAGUUGCGACGAAUGGCGCCUCCGCCCGGAACAGCCGACAAUAAAGCGGAAAACAAGCUAGAUGAUUGCCCCUCGCAAACGCCAUCGAAAGAUCAACAACCGAAACCCCAGACCUCAAAAUACCCAGAACCUAUCGGUGAUCCAAGGGAUGAUCCAUUCUACACAAACGUCGCAGAUUUCCCUUCGGACUCAAGCUCAGACGAAGAAGAUGAGCAGGAGGAUAACGACGAUGAUGAUCAUCAACCGAUGACAUCUACGCCUCCGAGUCCCGCUUACGAAGAAAUGGUGAGCACCUCGAUCGAGAGCGAGCUAAAGAUGCAGAGUUUCUCGAACACGCUAAUCCUAGCCUCGGGCAAGCUCAAGAUCGAGCUGUCAUCCUCUCAAUCACCUGAACCUCCGCCCGGACCGCGCACCAAAAAUGGUCAGCGAGUGUGCCGCUACUGCGGUAUCUUCCCCGAACAUGUCCGAAACAUCUCUGCCCAUGAACGCGCUUGUGGAUCGAAAAGAAUUGCAUGUCAACACUGCGACAAAACGUUCAACAGUCACAAGCCUCUACAGAAGCAUAUGCGACACAUGCACGGCGCAGAAAUCACCCCUGAAGUUUCCCAGCAAAUUGCUGCUUCUAAGACGCCUAUCAUCAAAGAAGAGCCUCAAGACGAGUGGCAAGAAGGUGAGCUAACUCCCAACUCGCGCAGUCGCACUUCUUCUCCGCUCGAAACGCCCAACAGUAGAACUUGCAAGCAGUGCGGCGAUGUUUUCCCGAACCCAGCCGCGCUGAGACAACAUACCAAGCUAGUGCAUGUCAGUCUCGUAGGCUACGGAGACUCACCCUCAGCCUCGACGCCGGAAACUAACGCUAAUAGAAGUCUCCGGCGGAGAAAUGACUCGAUGAACUCGAGCUGCUCGCCCAUUUCGCCGAUAAAAUCGCCGCCGAACAAACGAACUCGCUACCCUCAAAAUCAAUCAACACCUCAAAGUCAAAAUCACAAGAGCUCGCCCAAGCUUGCCAACAUCAAAAAAGAGCCAGGAUCGGAAAAAAGGUCUCAGAAAAAAUUCCAGUGCGAACCAUGCGGAGACGUUUUCAAUUCCGAGGCUGGACGACUGCUCCAUAUUCAGAAAUAUCAUUCCCCUGCCAAUUAUUGCUGCCACAUUUGUGGAAAAACGCGCGGCACAAAGUUCGCUCUCAAGAGGCAUUUGAUGAAAUGCCACGACUGGACGCAGGAAGAGAUCGACGAACGCUACCCUGAUGGUCGUAAGCUUCGCAAGCUCGGCAUCGAUCAUAACGCUACAUUCCACGAAAUGCCCUCGCUCAUGACUCGUUACGAUAGAACUCCCAAGCCGCUGAGCCACGAUAUCGCCCGUCUGGAAGAACUCUUCGUUCUGAAAAGACGAUCAAGCCUUGAUAGCGACGAACAAAAAGAAAAUGAAUCUAUCGAAUGUCAAGUGUGCGGCAAGGAGUUUGACGAUCGCCGAGAAUUUACGCUCCACGUGACCAAGAAACAUCGGGCGAAAUUUCGCAGGACCGACGGCCGAAAGAUCCAGCGGCGAAGAACUCUUCCACUCUCCAGGACGGAUGUUGACGCUAUGGAGAACUCGUCCGAAUCGUCGAAUGACACUAUUGACGGCUUCCCGUGCAGAUAUUGCGAGAGGGUCUUGACCACUAAGGCGAAUCGUAUUGUUCAUGAAAGAUUGCACACUGGCGAAAAGCCAUUCCAGUGCACAAUCUGCUCCAAAGCAUUCCCCUGCUUUACCUACCUGACAAGCCAUUUAGAAAUGGCACACGACAUGCUCAAAGCUGGAGCCCUAUUCGAGUUCGACUACAAGCAAUCGCAGCCAAUGGCCCUUGCUCUGCUCGAAGUCGAUUCUUCGUUGAAAGAAAUGCGCUUCCAACUCGUCCCAAAAGUCUCAAAGGAAGAAGAUUUCUGGAGAAACUACUUUUACAGAGUGUCGUUGCUCAAACAGAACGCAGAGCCGCUCGAGGAUGAGCCAGUUGCCGAAGCUCCUGUUUCCGACAAAAAUGAUCUCAGUACUGAAGACGCAGAGCUGAAUUUGGACGAAGAAUUCGCCAGUGAAGAAGUGGGAACUAAAACGGACGAAAUUCCUCAGUGGGAAAAGGAAUUACAGGACGAGUUGCAGGAAUACGAAGUUGUUGAGGGCGAGGAAGAGGCAAAUGGAGAAUGGGAAAAAGAUAAAUCUGAUGAGCAGCUUUUCAAUGAGCUGGAAGACAUGCUCGGAAACGACCCCGAAAGUUCCCCCUCCGAGUCCGCCAAGCCUCCACCAUCGGGCUCUUGA